AUGAAAAAGGCCUUUGUUGCGCCGGGCGAUUCCGAGGCGCUGUCUUGUCGCAGCACCUACAAAUCUGCCUCUGCUUACGACUUCUACGAUACAUUCAUACCCGUCUUCGAUGACAACAAAAAAUUGACCCAGCCUCCUGCAAUAAAACCGGAGGCUGGCCAGGGGAGCUCCUCCAACAGAAGCUCACGCCAUGCCUCGCUCGAUCUCUCACAGAAGAACAAGUCGCUCGACGCUUUGGCGCUGCAGCUCCACAACCCGCUGUUCUACCUGAAACUUCUGUUUGCCAACCAUACCCAAUCUAGACUCGCCACGCCGCUCAAUUCCGGUGCUCCGUCCUUGACUGAGCUUGUCAAACCCUCAGCUCCAGGGAUGAGGUCUCAGAUGGGUAGCCUGUUGGGAAGCUCCAACAACGUCUCAGCACUUGCGGAACCCGUCGACUCGGCCAAGAAACUCCUGGUUGAGAGUUCCCCGAAAAAGACCGCCGCGGCGCCUACAGCUGUCUAG